GACGCUCGGCCCCGCUCCUCACACGGCCCGCUCCUCACACGGCCCGACGCAGGCGGGCGUCCUAGGCUCCUCCGCCCCUCAUUGUCCCUUUCCUCUGGAACCUACGGCUUGGGAAUAUCUGGUAUCUCCCCUCAAAGGACGUGAGUUUACAGCAAUUACUGAAGCCGAGACUUGGUAGGUGCGGUCUCCCCGGCUUGUGUUGCACCGUUGAUUGCUUAUUAGUUUAAGGUACUGUUUUUUGCUUUUUAGUCUUCUUAAGCUCCGCCCAUAGGGUCUCCUCUACUCCAUAUCUGUGGUCUCGGGUCACUUGGAACCUUCCUAAUCCACCAACCUUUCCUCCCUCAGUAAACUCUGUUGUUACUUUGAGAGGCCCGUGGUCUAAUUUCCUUUCAGUGGAAAAUGCUGAGGUAACAUAUAUCGUGCACGAAACAGAUAGUAAUUUGUUACUAGAGAGAAAGUCAUUAUAAUUGAGAACUGGCACUGAAUAAUUUUGUAAAUAUACCAAAACACUUGUUCAGGAACCAGCUUAGACUUUCAUCUUUGCAACUGGUGGUGGAGCUGGAGUUCUUUCUCCAGUGUUAGGGAGUCCUAUUACUGUCCUUUUCUGGUUUAUAUGACCAAGGUCAUAAAUUGACUACAGAGACUCUUCAUUUUAGGAGAUUAUUUUUAGUGAUGCUGGUUACAUGUAUGAGCUCUAGAAUCAGAGAAAAACAUAAAAUGGUCUCUAUGCUCAGACAUUUCCAACUCUUUGAGACCCCAUGGAGUGUAGCCCGCCAGGCUCCUGUGUCCAUGGGAUUUCCCAGGCAAGAAUACUAGAGUGGGUUGCCAUUUCCUAAUCUUGGGGAUCUUCGGACUCAGGGAUAAAACCCCCAUCUCUUGCAUCUCCAUUGGCAGGAGUAUUCUUUACCGCUGAGCCACCUGGGAAGCCUCUUUGGUCUGAUACUAGUGUUUAAUUUGAAUUAAAGAAGUGAGUUUUGGUUGGUAGUUUUCCAGUCAGUGAGACCCAGUGUGGAUAAUGCUGAUUUAUGGACUGCUGACAAGUACAGUGGGAAGUGGUAUAUAAUAGUGAGAAAGUAUCUUAAGAGAUCAGAGAAUCUGAAGUCAUUUGAGAGAUAGUUUCAGGUUUUGUGCAUUACGGUUGACUGUCAGUGCUACAGUAAACCUAAGGUGAUUAUGUGGGGCAGUGGACAAGGAGCAGUUAGCUUCAAGUAAUGAGGCCUGGUUAUUUGUGGGAAGGUUGUUGGUGGAAUAUUGUCAGAGAUAAAAAUUAGGUUGAAAAUGCUCCUAGCUAACAGACGUUUGACAGAGAGUGACUCUCUAUGAGGAGAGACUCGCCUAAACUUACCUGGACUUCCUGAGGAGGAGGAUGGGCCCAAGAGGCUGUUGCUGAUUUACCAAGGCUACUAUGUCUGAAGCUCCGAAUGGUACCUGUUUUUCUCCAGCCUGCAUUCCCCUCAGGAUGCAAGCCAUUCUGCAGCAAAUUCCUGAAGCCGAGACUUGGUAGGUGCGGCCGACCAUUGGGAACCUGAGACCUCUGAAGACUUGUGUUGCCUGAGGAAGCCCUGAAGUUGAGGAAGAGGAAAGAAAAGGAGUCAGGCAUGGCUCUUUCUCAGGAACAACUGACCUCUGAGGAUGUGGCCAUCAAAUUCACUCAGGAGGAGUGGGAAUUCCUGGACCCUGCUCAGAGGGCCUUGUACAGGGAUGUGAUGCUGGAGACCUACAGGAACCUGCUGUCUGUGGAUAUCUCUCCUACACAUGUGAUCAAGCAUUUACAACCCAAAGCAAACAGUGAUAAACGAGAACCAUUCCAAACAUUGAUGCUGGGAAGAUCUGAAAGCUGUGAAAUCAAACAUUUUCAUCUUAUGGAAAGUCAGGAAAACAUGUGUGACUUUGAGUGUCAGGGGAGAGAUGACAAAAGAAAUCACAAAGGAACACCUGUAAGCCUUAAUGGAAAUGUGCCUGAUGGAAGAGAUUCACAUUAUAGAAAGGAUGCAGGAAUCAAGCCCUUUGGAAACAGGCUUGGGUUUAACUUUCAGGAAAAACUGCAGAUAUUUCAAACUGGCAGGACAAUUUCUGAAUAUAAUGAGGUUGAGAGGUCUGUCAACAACAGUUUGUCAUUUUCACCACUUCAAAGAAUUCCUCCUUGUGUCCAAACCAGUGUUUCUAAUAUAUAUGGGAAUGAUUUUAGGAAUCUUUCAGUAAUAACACAAGACCUCAAAGCACACAGGGAAAAACCUUACAAAUGUGAUGAGUGUGGGAAAGCCUAUCUUAAGGACUCAUACCUCAUUAAACAUCAGGCCAUCCAUACAAGAGAGAAACUACAUAAACAUGAAGUCGGUGACAAAUUGUUUGCUCAAAGUUCACAGCUUGCACGUCAUUUGAAAAUUCAUUCUGAAGUGACAUGUUACAAAUAUAGUGAGUAUGGCAAAACCUUUACUGAUAGCUCACACCUCAGGAGACAUCAGAAAAUUCAUCCAGGAGAGAAACUAUUUAAAUGUGAUAUCUGUCACAAAGUCUUCAGUCAAAAUGCAUACCUUGCUGUUCAUCAGAGGGUUCAUACUGGAGAAAAACCUUACAAGUGUGAUGAGUGUGGCAAGGCCUUUCGUGUAAAGUCAAUCCUUUUAAGGCAUCAGACAGUUCAUACUGGAGAGAAACCUUACAAAUGUGAUGAGUGUGGCAAGGCCUUUACUGAUAGCUCAAACCUCAGGAAACAUCAGAAAAUUCAUACAAGAAAGAAAUUAUUUAAAUGUGAUAUACGUGACAAAGUCUUCAGCCAAAAUGCACACCUUGCUGGUCAUCAGAGGGUUCAUACUGGAGAAAAACCUUACAAAUGUAAUGAGUGUGGCAAGCACUUUAGUCAGCUUUCACAGUUGAUAAGUCAUAAGAGAUUUCAUGCUGCAGAGAAACCUUACAAAUGUGAUGAGUGUGGCAAGGCCUCUCGUGACAAGUCAACCCUUUUAAGUCAUCAGAGAGUUCAUACUGGAGAGAAACCUUACAAAUGUGAUGAGUGUGGUAAGGCCUUUCGAGUAAAGCCAGUCCUUUUAAGGCAUCAGAAAGUUCAUACUGGAGAGACAUCUUACAGAUGUGAUGAGUGUGGCAAGGCCUUUUGCCUAAAGUCAGUCCUUUUAAGGCAUCAGACAGUUCAUACUGGAGAGAAACCUUACAAAUGUGAUGAGUGUGGCAAGGCCUUUCGUGAAAAGUCAACCCUUUUAAGUCAUCAGAGAGUUCAUACUGGAGAGAAACCUUACAAAUGUGAUGAGUGUGGUAAGGCCUUUCCUGUGAAGUCAGUCCUUUUAAGGCAUCAGAGAGUUCAUACUGGAGAGAAACCUUACAAAUGUGAUGAGUGUGGUAAGGCCUUUCGUGUAAAGUCAGUCCUUUUAAGUCAUCAGAGAGUUCAUACUGGAGAGAAACCUUACAAAUGUGAUGAGUGUGGUAAGGCCUUUCGUGUAAAGCCAGGCCUUUUAAGGCAUCAGAGAGUUCAUAGUGGAGAGAAACCUUACAAAUGUGAUGAGUGUGGCAAGGCCUUUCGUGUAAAGCCAGUCCUUUUAAGGCAUCAGACACUUCAUACUGGAGAGAAACCUUACAAAUGUGAUGAGUGUGGCAGGGCCUUUACUGACAGCUCAAACCUCAUGAGACAUCAGAAAAUUCAUACAGGAAAGAAAUUAUUUAAAUGUGAUAUAUGUGACAAAGUCUUUAGCCGAAGUGAUCACCUUGCUGGUCAUCAACGGGUUCAUUCUGGAGAGAACCCUUACAAAUAUAAUGAGUGUGGCACGCACUUUAGUCAACCUUCACAGUUCAUAAGUCAUAAGAGAUUUCAUACUGGAGAGAAACCUUACAAGUGUGAUGAGUGUGGCAAGGCCUUUCAUGCAAAGUCAACCCUUUUAAGGCAUCAGACAGUUCAUACUGGAGAAAAACCUUACAAAUGUGAUGAGUGUGGCAAAGCCUUUCGUGUAAAGUCAACCCUUUUAAGUCAUCAGACAGUUCAUACUGGUGAGAAACCUUACAAAUGUGAUGAGUGUGGAAAAGUCUUCGGUCAAAAACCACAUCUUCGCCUUCAUUGGAGAACUCAUACUGGAGAGAGACCUUAUAGAUGUAAUGAGUGUGGCAAGUUCUUCAGUCGAAAUUCACACCUUACAAGUCAUCGGAGAAUACAUAUAGAGAAACCUUUCAAAUGUUUCAAGUGUGGAAAAUCCUUCACUCAGGUCUCAGCACUCACUAAACAUCAGAAAAUCCAUACAUGAGAGAAACUUAUGUGAAUGUGGUAUAUGGUAGAAGUCUUCAAAAUUCAAAGUUCAAACUUCACACCCUACUGUUGGUCAGAGAAUUCAUACUACUGAGAAACCAUACAAAUAUGAUGAGUGUGGCAACAUCUUAGGCUUCAUGGGAAAAUUCAUACUGGAUAGAAGCCAGAUAUAUAUGUGUUUAUUAGUCAGGUUAGAACAUGUCAGGUAGAACAUGAAUUCAUUCUGGAAAGAUUCCUCACCAAUUUCACAAAUGUGAAAGAAAAAACCCUAUCCUCACAGCUCACAUCUCGCCAGUAGCGUCAGAGUAUUUAUCCUGGAGAAAACACACAGCAAUGUCAAGUGUGUGGCAAGGAUCUUACCCCAAAGUCACAAGAUAGGAACAUAGUGGAGCCAUACUUCCCAGACUCAGUGGUUGUGGCUAGUCCUUUACCUUUUUCUAUGUAUUCUCUGAUGACUUUAGUUCAGGUACUCAGCCACUGGAGUAAGCCUAUAUUUGCAGAGAAGCUAUAUAGAUCUUUUUGUGUAAAAGAAACCCGAAUUCUAACUCAGCAAAGAUGAUUCUUUGGGACAGUAAUCCACCAUCUUUUUGGUCUCUUGGCUUUCUGAAUAAAGUCACUAUUCCUUGCCGAACAAAUAGUCUCUCAGUUUAUUGGCCUGUUGUGUGGUGAGCUCUAAGAGCUUGGCUUUGGUAAUACAUUGAUCAAAUGCAUUUGCUACACACGUUUCAUGAUGGUCUCUGGGAAGGAAUCAGUGAGAUGAAGGGGCCGAUUUCAUCAGAUAUGAUUCAUUCACAUCCUUGUUUCCUGGAAAAACACACAGCCUGAGUUACAAAAUUCAGUAGUGUGUGUGAAUUAGCAACAGCGAGGGUGGAAAAUAAUGUAAACCUAAGAUAUGACUCAUCAUGGUCAGUAGGAUCAGGAAGCCCUUCUGUACAUAGUCCAGCCUGUUAUAAAACAUAAUAUUCUACCAACUGACCUUGAGAAGAGUAGGCAAGAUGUUAAAAGGACUGGGCUUUUCGUAGGAGGAGAGGGACAGUGACCAGGGACUGAUGGUGUGCUAGGAACAAUGCAUAGGAAAAGGGUCAUGUUCUCCAUUGGAUAGAAAUAACUGUUGUAUGUAUGAUUAAAGAAGAGUUACUCUUAUCUGUGGAAAAUGAAGACAGAGCUGUCACGGUCCUUGUAGACCGGGACCUGGGGACUGGAUUCGAUGAGAAGAAGGACACAGGGGACCCAAGUCUCAAGUGAAACAAGGGUGCUUUAUAUGCAGAACCACAUGUUUCUAUAUCUUCAUACAAGACAGCUUUAGGCAGUAAAAAAAUUGAGCAGAAACAAAGCCAAGCAAAUAAUCUUCAAAGCGCCAGAAAGCAUUCAAUAUCCUGAGUAAGAGGGGCAUAACUCAAUAGAUUACCUUUAAGUGAAAGUUCACUGAAGGGAGUCUCUGAAAGGAAUCCAAGGAGGUGCCCUAUCUCGUGAUCUCAGUCCUGAGAACUGCGUGCAGCUCUGCUCAUUCCUGUUUUCCAGGAACUGAUAAGGAAUAGAGAGUCCUUGAGAAAUUGGCACACAGAAGAAGAAAAUAGCAUAUUGGAUCCCUUAAAGUUGAACGUCCCCUGACAGUUCCCCCUUUUUAAUUUUUCCUUCAUUGGGGAUGACUGUAGACACUUUUGUGAAAAAGGCCCUGACGAAUUGAGUUUGUGUAGUUUGAACAAUUUUAGUUGAAAGGCAUCAGUACAUUACCAAUAUAAUCACCAGGAUAAUUAUCAGCGUUAUAGUUCCAGAUCCAGUACUAUGUGUAAUGCCUUGAAACCAUCUUCGAGGGUCUAACCCAGAUAAUUGAGCAGCAAGCUGUUCAGCUAAGGUUUCCAAAUGUUGGAAGAGAGUAGACUCUUAGAGAAGGUUUCAAGGAUUUCCUUUUGCAACAAUUGUACAUUUAAGGAAGCAUUAUUCUGUAUAUCUCGUAAAUGAAAUUUGAUUUGUUCCCACUUGUAAGCACUGUGGUUGAACCGAAGAGGAGUGAUACAAAAUUGAUGUGAAUUCCAAUCACAAUUUAAUAAUACUUGUUUUUGUAAAUCUAUUAAUUGAUCUCCAACCCAUUGGAUGGCUAUUUUUAAUUCCUGAAUUUUAUCUUCAACUUAUUCAUCUACCUGUACCUGAGUGACCCAUAUAGUAUGAGCAUCUUUAGUCAAAUUGUGAAUAAAGUUUUGUGUUUGAAUUGAAGUUUGUAAAGCAAUGUCUGCGAUGGCUAUUAACCCCAAAAUGCCA